UGUCCAGGCCAUCUUUGGUCGUCCUCGCCACUGACAUCUAGUGUGGCCACCUUUACUCAUCCAACCCUUCGCUGCUCCAUCUCAUGAUUACAAAACAUAUUUAACGUGCCAACCAGGCGUCCGGAGCGACUGCACCGAGAGCAGGAGACCCUCUGGCAUUUUCCCCUUCGCUGCGUUUCUCACAGAAAAAAAGAGGACGAGGCGGGAGAAGCUGCUAGACAACAACAUGGAUGAAGAAUAUGACGUGAUCGUUUUGGGCACCGGACUCACAGAAUGCAUCCUCUCUGGGAUCAUGUCUGUGAAUGGCAAGAAGGUUCUGCACAUGGACAGGAACCCCUACUACGGUGGUGAGAGUUCCUCCAUCACCCCUCUGGAAGAGCUUUACAAGCGCUUCAGCCUCCCUAACAGUCCGCCCGAUUCGAUGGGUCGGGGGCGCGACUGGAACGUGGACCUCAUCCCCAAGUUCCUCAUGGCCAACGGUCAGCUGGUGAAGAUGCUGCUGUACACAGAAGUGACUCGUUACCUGGACUUCAAAGUGGUGGAGGGAAGCUUCGUCUACAAGGGAGGAAAGAUUUACAAGGUGCCGUCCACUGAGACUGAGGCGUUAGCUUCAAAUUUGAUGGGAAUGUUUGAGAAGCGCCGCUUCCGCAAGUUUUUGGUCUUUGUGGCUAACUUUGACGAGAACGACCCCAAGACCUUUGAGGGCGUGGAUCCCAAGACCACCACCAUGAGGGAUGUUUACAAGAAGUUUGACCUGGGCCAGGAUGUCAUUGAUUUUACCGGCCACGCCCUCGCCCUCUACAGGACGGAUGAGUACCUUGAUUUCCCCUGCCUGGACACUAUAAACCGAAUCAAACUGUACAGCGAGUCGCUGGCGCGUUACGGGAGGAGCCCGUACCUCUACCCCUUGUACGGCCUUGGAGAGCUGCCACAGGGAUUUGCCAGAUUGAGCGCCAUCUACGGAGGCACCUACAUGCUGAACAAACCCGUGGAUGAAAUUGUGAUUGAAGGCGGCCACGUGAUUGGCGUCAAGUCUGAAGGCGAGGUGGCUCGCUGCAAGCAGCUGAUCUGCGACCCCAGCUACAUCCCCGACCGCGUGCGCAAGGCGGGCCAGGUGAUCCGCGUCAUCUGCAUCCUCAGCCAUCCCAUCAAAAACACCAACGACGCCAACUCCUGCCAGAUCAUCAUCCCUCAGAAUCAGGUCAACCGCAACUCCGACAUCUACGUGUGCAUGAUCUCUUAUGCACACAACGUGGCGGCCCAGGGGAAGUACAUCGCCAUUGUCAGCACCACGGUGGAGACCAAUGAGCCGGAGUCCGAGAUCCAGCCCGCCUUUGAGCUGCUGGAGCCCAUUGACCAAAAGUUUGUGGCUAUCAGCGAUCUCUACGAGCCCACGGAUGACGGCACGGAGAGCCAGAUCUUCGCCUCCAGCUCCUACGACGCGACCACUCACUUUGAAACCACCUGCAACGACAUCAAGGACAUCUACAAGCGCAUGACGGGCAGCGACUUUGACUUUGAGAACAUGAAGCGCAAACAGAACGACGUGUUCGGGGAGGACGAACAGUGAGCGGCCUGCUCGAGAGGGAGGCGUCGGCGUCGGAAGGAGGCAAAAGGGGGUCGAUGGCAAGGUUGGAAUGAAGGCGGCGUGAAAAAAGUGCCGCGGCCGCCUUUUGCCUCUCUCCUGACACGCGCACAAACAUACACACUCCACAGUCGCCGAAAAGCAGGGCUGAUACGGUCCUUCAUUUCAUUGUAGAAUCUAUAAUCACGUCUUGUCAGUAGAGGUCCAUUUAGGAGGCAGGUUUGAAGCAUUUCAUGAUUUCUCUUCCAUCUUUUCUCUCAUCUCACUUAACAGCUUCGUGUAGAAUUUUCUGGAAGGCUCACGUGCAUGCAUCAUAGUCACACGCGGUUGUAUUGUGCAAUCAAAACGGACGGCGCCCCGAAUGCCGGACCGUGCGUGGCACCUGUCAGCCCUGCUUUCAUUCGUACCACACGCCAGUCCUACUUGGGGCGAAACGACACGCAUUUUCUGUAACUGGCUCCUUCGACCGAUGUGCUCAUUUGCCACGCCGUCGUGUUCCCACGUGCGCUAGCAGGCCAGCUCACCGGUUGGCUCUUUUCUGUCACUCCCGUGCAAAGAAGCCCUUUGGUUUACAUGUCACAUCCCUUUUACCAUGGCAGUAGUUCUAACAUUUAAGACGAUUCGAGAGUUGUUUUUUUAAUUUUUUUUAUUUUUAGCAUUUGGUGCACGUUUUCACUGGCUGAAGUUAUGACGUUUACAGAGGCGAGGUUCAAACUGUACUUGAGAGGAAAAUAAGACUGAGGUGAGACUUUUUUGUGGCAGUCGGAAAUGACAGAUGUGAUCAAGUUUUCAAUAGAUUUGUGGGAAGUUUCACUCUUACGUGAAUGAAGACUGAAAUUUUGGCAGAAGGUGAAAGUGCCCAAUUGUGUCCCAGCUGUUUCAACCCUCCCCGUAGUUCAAUGUGAUGAGUCAGUCGCUUGGAGGCUAAAUCAGAAUCAGAAUCAUCUUUAUUGGACAAGUAUGUAGAACACACAAGGAAUUUGUCUCCGUUGGCUCCACAAUUGGCAACUGUUUAGGUCUAAUCACCACCAAUUUCAAUGGAAUUGAAAUCAAAGCAAUACAAUGUGAUUGAACGGCAGACGUUCAGCUUGAAAUUGGUGGUCUUACAUCCAAAUCAGGUGGGCGCCACUGUACAACAUUUUGUAUCCGCGUGUGCCUCCCACUUUUGAAGGGAGCAAAAGUAACGGGACAAAUGAAGAAUCCCAAGUCAAACUUUGACUUUGGAAUACUUUGGUUGCAAAUCCUCGGCAGUCACAUCAAAGCUGAAGUGUGGGAGGCGUCAUCAGAUUUCAUCUCUGGUGGCUUCACUUCCUGCUUGUUGCUUGGGGCAUUUCGCCUUCACUUUAGUCAACUCAGUCAGCGAAAUGCAUCCUCUAUCGGAUCCAGGUCAGGUGAAUUGGCUUCCAAAACUCUUUCGGCGCUUUCGAAAAACGCUUCGGAUCAUUCCCCAUCAGCAGUGUGACGCGCAGGCCUUUCAAUACGUUCUGAUGGAUUUAGCGAAGCACUUCAGAAUUGCUGCGUUUGUCAGCGGUGACAUCAUCAAGAAAUUCAGAUUGGCAGCCAUACAUGCCCACCGAGCCGUGGAGCAGCCGCGCAGCCAAUUGGGCCUUUACGUUUGAUGAGGAGGCAAAAAGACACACUGGUGUAGGCACCUGAUUCAGAUGUACAGUAUAUAUCCUCAAAUUCAAGCUGAAAGUCUGCACACCUUUUUGGUUUCAUCCAUUCUGGAGGCGUUUAGAGCCAAAAAGACAACAAGCGUGUCCCAAUAUUUAUGAAUGUGCCGGGUGAAAGUUUGAGUUUGGUGAAAGAGGGCCGUGAGAUGCCUGCACAAAGACAACGCCGAAGAGAAGUGCCGCCCCACAACAAACCGACACGCCGGUAUUUGCUUGAAGCCUUAAUUUGGGGUUUGAUUCAAAUCUUGGGGCUAUUACGUUCCUCUUCACGGCCCUCGCUCACUUGCGCUUCCGCCCUCUCGAAUCAUUUCCUUUGGCAAUCGCUCACUUGGCAACCCUAUAAAGAGUUCAUGGGAGGGGUUGGGUAUAUGUCUUAAUUCUAUUCCCUAUUUAUUCAAGUUCAUGAUUCAAUCCAGUACCGUCAUUUGGCUUGUUCUGCAAUGUACUCGCACACAAAUACGGAGCAAUGAUAUGUGUUUAACCUUCUCCAGCCAUUCUUCUGUCUGAUGUUUGACACGCUUGGAUUGAAAGAAAAAAAAAAACGGUAUUAGCGCCGGCCCAAGUCCGAAUGUGAACAGUGUUUUUGCCAACUUCACACUGUUUAUUCUUUGUUGAACUCAACACUGUUUGUGGGUGGACAAAUGUGACCUGAAAAUAACUGGAAUACUCUUUCCUCAUUAAUAUAUUGCCCUGCCUUCCUUGGCAUCAAGUGCUAUAACAUCUUUUAUUAUUUAUUGAAAACAAAAAGGCCCGCCUGUGGUUGUACUGUUUUAAUUCUCAUUGUUUGGCCUUUGAGACCCACUUAUUGACACUUUCCCAUUCAAUUGACUAAAGAAAUAGGCCGAGUGGUAGAAAACUUACUGUCCUUGUUUGAUCACUAGUAUGUGAACAAUGCCUAAUGUCUUGUGUAACAAAUACAAUGAAUUAAACUAUGAAUGAAAUGAUAGAAAAAAAAACACAUGGCGAACUCUGUAAAAA